AUGACUCCACGACUGAUGGGGCUGCCUAUGCAGCUUCAACAAUUCAUCGCCAAGCCAUUUACCCAGGCUUCAUCACUGGCUUUCCUCACGCCCCAAUUCCAGCAAAGCCCGCGGCGCGCAUAUUCUCUCCGCAUCCGACGAGGUCGUGGUCCGGCUUCCGGCAAGGGUAAGACCUCCGGUCGUGGUCACAAGGGUCAGAAGCAGCAUGGAAAGGUCCCGGCUGGCUUCAAUGGUGGUCAAACACCCGAUAUUGUUGUUCACGGUGAACGCGGAGCCCCGAAUGUAUUCGCCAAGGAAAUGGCCCCCGUGAAUCUAUCCCGCAUCCAAGAAUGGAUCGACCAAGGCCGCAUCGAUCCCGCGCGGCCCAUCACAAUCCGCGAACUGACACACUCGCGCUGCAUCCACCAAGCAAAAGAAGGCGUCAAGCUCCUGGGCGGCACCGACUCCGCUCUGAAGCAACCCAUCCACCUCGUCGUCUCGCGUGCCUCCGCCUCCGCCAUCGAGGCCAUCGAGGCCACCGGCGGCUCCGUGACAACCCGCUACUACACCCGCAAGGCGAUCGAAAACAUCCUGCGCAUGGAGUCGCAUCCGUUCGUGUCCAUGGCCUGGUCCGCUGAGAGCGGCUCCAAGGACCUGCUCAAGGCGGACAACUUGACCGAGGACGUCUCCGAGUCGGCGAUAAUGAAGGCUGUCGGCUUCCGUUACCGUCUCCCGGACCCGACUCGUCGUCGCGAUAUCGAGUAUUACCGCGAUCCUGCCCACCGUGGUUACCUCAGUCACCUUCUUAAGCCUAUGGAGGGUCCUUCGUUGUUCUUCCGUUCGCCUGAGGAGCGUAAGUCGACUGCUGGUGUCAAGAAGGAGAAGGUUCUGCCGGAGAACAGACUUUGGUAG